CUCUUCUGGUCUUUAUACUGCCAGACCAGCCAUGCAGAUCCUCAGCCAGAUUAUGCUGUGGUCAUACUUUGUGGCCAGGAUUUCAUCCGCGAUCGUUGUGGGAGCUUUGGGAGGAUGGACCAGGUUCGAACCAGAUGUCCUCGUCGCCCUCAUCGCAGCGGAUUUAGAUUUUCGCAAGCACACUGAGCCUGUGAUCCGAGAGAAGUAUGGCACAGCAAUCAUUGACAUUCCGGAGAUGCAUGAGAACCUGAGCAGUGUAGCUCUUUGGAUUGGAACGACCCACGCAAAUCCAUUGGUUGGUGUCGCCACUGCUCUUGACAUGAUGUUGGGACUGGAUGGACAUGAACCUGUCGUUGGGCUGAUUGGUGCAAGCACAUCUUCAGUCAGCACACCCAUUGCUACCAUGUCUGCGGUUCAGAAGGUUCCACAAAUCUCGUUCUCUGCCACCAGUUUGACACUUUCCAACAAGGACUUGUACCCCUUCUUCUUGCGGACCCUUCCACCCGAUAGCCUGCAAGCGCUCGCCUUGUGGAGUUGGAUUGAGACCUUCGAAGUGCCUUCGGUGACCUGUAUCUACACCACUGAAGCCUAUGGAGAGCAGCUCUUUGAUGCUCUGAAGACGCUCCAACAGAUUGAGGGCCCCUCGGUCAGCCUGGUGGGACAACCUCUCCCCCUGGAGGGACGUUCUGCUGAAGAUGCGCGACGCGUCGCGCGGGGUGCCAAGGAGAUGGGCUCUCGAUUUCUCCUGCUCCUAACGGGCGCAGGCAUGAGUGGCCUCAUCUUGCAAGCCAUGCUGGAGGAAGGGAUGUUGGGACCUGAGUGGCAGGUACUGGCCUCCGACAGCCUGAAUUUUCUACGAACGUCCAGCCUUGCUGAGAUGCCAGCAGGCCUAAUGUACUUUGACUUUGUUGCAAGGGGGCCUUUAUUCUCCAAGUUUCAGGAUCUAUGGUCAAAGCUUGAAGCUGAAGAUAUCACAGGCCCCGAAGCAACCGAGAGAUACCGACUGGACCAGAUGAGGGAAGCCUUAAACCAUAGCAAAAUCGCUCAUGUCUUAGCAGAUCACUGGCGUUCACUCUCGAGCUAUACAGGCUUUGCUUUUGAUGCUUACUAUGCAUUUCUGAUCGCCAUCAACCAAUUACUUCAAGGAGGAGUUUCCCCAACUUCGGGCGACAACCUGUUACAGGAACUGCGAAGGACCAAGUUUGCCGGUGUCUCCGGCCAGGUGAGCUUUGAUGAGAAUGGGGAUCGAGAGACCUCCUAUGAGCUUUGGAACCUGCAACACGCUGAAGCUUCCGGAAGUGUCGGGACGGUGGUGGCUGUGGUGGGUGGAAAGUUCAGCGUCUCAAGCCGAAACUUCAGCCUUUACGGCAACCUCACCUGGAUGGAUGGGAGGCGUGGUAGGAAGCCGCCGCGGAGCUUGAUGGAGUGUGGUCCAGGGUCGUACAACAGUGGAGGACGGUGCCAGACAUGUCCCAAAGGCAUGAAAUGCCCUGGGGACUCGAGCACAUUUCUAGUUUGUCCCAGAGGAAUGUUUGCCAAUACGACUGGAUCAAUUGAUUGCAGGCCAUGUUCCCCUGGCUUCUAUGCCGGAUUUGUUGGGUCGGAGAUUUGCCAUCCUUGCCCUCGUGGCUUUCAUGCACCUGAGCCCAACGCAACCGAAUGCAUUCCUUGUGCGCCAGGCACCUACAUGCCUUUUCUGGGAGGAGUUGCGUGCUUGCCGUGUGGAAAGAAACAACAAACUGGUCGUUCAGGUGCUACCAAUGAGUCUGAAUGUGAAUGUGCCGAAGGCUUCUACAUGUGCGAAGGUGAAGGCUGCAGAGCCUGCCUGGAAGGCCUUUCUUGUGCAGCAGGGCUUGAACCUCCUAUGCAAAAGAAGGGCUAUUGGACGCAAGCUCCUUCAGCAGUCCACCAGUGUGAGUUCUCCGUGCUGCAGUGCCGGGAGCUGGAAUGCCCUGCUGGGCCAGCCGGUACGUGUGCCCCUGGAAGGGAAGGGCUUGCGUGCAACAAUUGCAAGAAAAAUCACUAUCCCUUCUAUGGAGGUUGCAAGGCUUGUACUGGAAGAGACUUUGUGCCCUUCAUUCUCUUCAUGAUUGUGGUCGUGUCGGUUCUCUUGGCCCUGAGCUGUGGGAACCGACGGAAAACCAAUCAAGAGAGUCUCAACGUUCUGACCGCAGCCGCAGUUACGGGGCAAGUCCUCAUGGCCGUACAGGCGUUGGGUUCUCUCCGUGAGUUGGCCUUCGCAUGGCCUGAACCUGUGAAGAGUGUCAUCGACUUGACGAGGCUCAUGACCUUCAAUUUCGACAUUAUUCGCAUUUCCUGCAUUUACGGCAGUGACGACCCGAUUCUAAAGUUUUUGAGCCAGUUGUUGUUUUGCCCCCUGGGAUGUGUCUUCUUCUGCCUGAUGGGAUUCUGUGCGAAGCUUCGUCGCCAAGCAAAACCACUCGACCUCACCGUGAACCGCUGUGGGAUGUUGCUCUUCGCCUUCUUCUUAUCAAUUACACUCAGGAACCUGAUACCAUUUCAGUGCGUGCCCAAUCCGGAUGGCAGUACCUCCAUGGCAGCUGAACCUGGCAUCAUUUGCUACACCUCCGAAGAUCAUGCUCUCCUCGUGGUCCUUGCAAUCGUCGGGCUCCUACAACCAUUUUUUGUGUUGACCUGGGCGACCUAUGCCACCUGUGCAUUCCCCUCGCGCCUGGCGAGUGGCACGGGGCUGCGCCUGGUGCAUCGCUAUCGAUUCCUGUUUCAUCGCUUUAAGCCCGAAUGCUUCUACUAUGGUCUCUUUCUUCUCUAUCGCAAUGGUGUCAUUGCUUUGCUGCCCGCGGUCUUGGUGGAGGUGCCACAGUUUCAGAUCCCAGUGACUGGAAUUGUUUUAUUGGCCAGCUUGGUGAUACAGGUUCGGAAAUACCCAUGGAGGACUUCAGAGGCCAACUAUGUGGAGCUGAUCUUGACCCUGUUCUUGUUGGUGAUCCUGUUAGGUGCUGCACCGCUAUUGGAAGUGGAUUUCGACGCACCUUCCUCUCUGCUAGGAUGGCUGCUCUGCGUGCCCGUCAUCGGACUCUUUGUGCCAGCCUUGCUGGCACUUUGGAGGGCUGUUUGGUCUCGCCUGAAGCGCCAGCAGAAGUUCGGAAUCUUUUUGUGCCAUCACAAGGGAGGAGCUGGCAGUCUUUGUCGACUUUUGAAGAUGAAGCUGGCGCGACACAGCUCGACCAGAGUCUUUCUGGACUGCGACCAACUGGAAAACUUGGAUUUCUUGUUCGAUGUGGUCCAAACCUCCACGCGCACCUUGGUGGUGGUGCUCACCCCAGAACUCCUAAGAAGAGUGUGGUGUGCCGGAGAGAUCGCCACUGCCUACAAGCACAAGAUUAACACGGUGCCUUUGGUCUGUGAGGGCUUCCGCGUCCUGAACGAUGACGGGCUACAGGUCUUGCCGAGUCUUUGGUCUCCGGAGCAGAAGCAGGUACUGGCGAAUUACGGCAUUUCUUUGGAGGAUGUGAACAGCUCUUAUCGCUGGUUGCUGCAUGAGUUGAGCCCAUUGAAAAUGCAUCGUUUUGGCCCUGUCUGGAAGCGCGAUGUGGCCGCUGUGGAGCUGCUGGUCCGCUGUGGGCUGCCGAUGUCGGCGACCUCGGCGCAGAUCUUGGCGGCGGCGCGGCGCCACAACCCCCGUGGCGCACGGAUUUUGAUCACCAGCUGCAUCACUGAUGCAGAGGCCUUGUCAACGUGUGAGGUCUUUCAAGAUAUGCUGCAAGUGCAAUUGCAGAUAGAAUGCGCCGUGGUUCAAUCCAGUGGACAGAUGGUCAAGUGGAGGCCCUUUGCUUACUACUUGGUGGUGCUUCUUUUCCGGGGCAUCUUCCAAGAUCAACGACUCAUGCAGAUUUUGACCUCCGCAGAUGGGUCUGGACGCGUCUUGGAUCUGGUCACGGUGGUGGCAGACUCCCACUUUGAUUUCCUGGGCUUGAACAUGUCGAGCUUCCCGAAAACGACGACGGAGGACGGGCGCACAUCGAACUUUGACUCUCCGAAACUGUAUGAAUUUCAGCAACCAGUGGUGGAAGCUGCUUUCCGCCGGCUGUUGAAUGUGGUGGCUUUGCCCUUCUCACCUAUGGCCUCUGAUGGCUUGCAGACGAAGCAAGUGGCGGAGAUCGCACAGCGCUUCCGCCGCUACAAGGACCCGACUGCAGCAACCCUGCUCGAUGCGGCGGAUGACCUGUUGGUGCCCCGGGGUGAAAGACCAGAGUCCGAGGACGUCCAGGCUUCCCCCAACGAGUCGGAGUCUUCGAUUUACCUCCUGACCCUUCCAAGCUUUGAGAGCCCUGGAAUCGUGUCCGGUGGGGAAGCGCAUUCCCCGGAUGUCUUGGAACGGAGCUGGUCCUUCUCAAUGUAAGUCAUGUGUUGCAGCUUCAGAUUGGUGGGUUGAGAAGGUCUCAUCGUCUCACCAAGUCGGGCAUCCAUAUGCCAUGUGGUACAAUAGCACGUGUUUAGUAAUGUCAACUCCGGCUGACCUUGAUUUGCUGGUUUUCCCGUGGAUGCUAUUGCAGAUGCAAGUUUCUGCAGCAUUCCCAGAGCGUGCUGGCAGUGGGUCAACAAGCCAAUGUCCUUACGAGUGAGCACGCUGCGCAAUCAAGAAUGUCCGUCGCAGAGCCUUGGCGCGGUUACUCUCCGGUAGAGGGAACAGCACAAUGAGCCAUGUGGCGCCACUCCAACAUGUCCACGUAAGGAUAGGCCAACCAAGCUCAAGCUGCGCCAGGAUAGGCCAACCAACAAACCUCGGGCUCAGGAGCCUUGGAUCCGUUUCCUGCUGACGAAGUCAGAGGUGCCCUGUGCCAUUGGUGUCACGGUGAAACACCG